ACGUAGCCAGUUGACGGAUUUUUGUGCGAGACUUCCGGUCAAGCACUUCCGCUCACUGGCUAGCUAAACUCACUUUUCACCGUAGCGGUUAAUCCUUCGUAACAACUAAGUUAACAAAUCGUUAUGGCUUCGAGGAAGACCGGGAUUGUUUGUGCAGUUAGAGGGUGUCAUAAUAACUGGUACAAAAGAAAAAUUUACUUGGAGCAGGAGUGUUUUAAUCACCGAACGCGUACGAGAGCUGAAUGUGGAUGCGAUGCGCCCUUCGACCUUUACCCGCCGCCGAAGAAUGAGGAAUCCCUUCGCCUGUGGUUAAAAGCUUUAAAUUUGAAGAAACCACCGAAGCGACCGUAUGUUUGUUCUUUUCAUUUCGUGAACACAAGACCUACAGAAGACCACCCGAUACCAGAAAAGUGGCUGGGCUACGAAGUCCCAAUAAAAACUCCAAGGAGACGUGUCAGGAGGUUAGCAGACACAGAUGACAGCCACUGUGUUGAGGAAGCUGACCAGGCCGUUCCACAGUCAGUCACCUCCGCAUAAAAAUGCUGACACUCAGUGGGAGGGUCAGGCACUGAUGGAUCACACCUACAUAUUAGGACAAAAGAAGAAUCAUGUAUGCGACAGAGAAACACAAUGUGGUGGAGAAGAACCCCUUGCCCAUGCCAUCCUGAAGAAUGACACUAGCUGUGUGUUGUACACAGGCCUUUCUCUCAGUGCCUUUUUUGAUCAUGUUAAAUAUCUGGAACAGUUCUAUAAAGCAAACUUUAAGAUGCACGUAAUGGAUCAAAUAUUGAUGACCAUGAUGAAACUUAAGUUGAAUCUACUCCAGGGUGAUCUUGCAGAACACUUUGCUGUGUCCCAGGGGUUAGUGAGCAGGAUCCUCUCCUACUGGAUAGACACAAUGGAGGAGCACAUGAGAAUCUACAUUCCUUGGCUGCCACGGGAGACAAUCCGGAGCACAAUGCCUCAGUGCUUCAGGGAGAAGUUCCCCAACACCACCUGCAUCAUUGACUGCACUGAGACCACCCUGCAGAAACCACACAACCUUGACUCCAGAGGCGAGUCAUACAGUCAUUAUUAUUCCAGCAAUACUAUAAAGUAUUUAGUUGCUAUUGAACCGUGUGAGCUUGUUAUGUUCAUUUCUCCUGCUUAUGGAGGCAGGUGUAGUGACAAGUUCAUCACUCAGGAGUCUGGUUUCCUGGAGUAUCUUCGUCCCGGCGAUGAAGUGAUGGCAGACAGAGGCUUUACCAUCAGAGAUCUGCUGUUUGAGAGAAAGGUUAACCUUGUUCUACCAGCGUUCACUCAUAAAGGAGGGCAGUUGUCUGAUGAGGAUGUAACUGCCACAAGGAGGAUUGCAAAUGUGCGCAUACAUGUGGAAAGAGUUAUCAGGAGGCUCAAAGUGUUCAAAAUAAUCUCCCAGACUGUACCCAUCAACUUGGCACACAAAAUGGACAAAAUCCUCAGAAUCUGUGCAGCCCUUGUAAACAUGCAGGGGGAAAUCAUCCACGAGGAUGCUGAUUGAGCAUAGAAGUUUACAUGUCAAAAAGAUCCUGAUUUCCACUGUAGCUUAAUAUUUGUAAAUAAUUAUUUGACAGCCUGCAGUGCCUUGAUUGUACUAUCAUUUGCACAUAUCAUUUGUCUUUAACAUUUUAUUUUUCAGGUAUCUCUAUUCUGCACUGCUGAUUAGUUAUUUUACAGUAAACUGUAAACCAAUCAAAUUAUACUGCACAAGAAUGUGUUUUGGAUCUCAGGUAUUAAAAAAUAGUUAUUGUGUUUGGCACCUUUUCAAGUAUUGUAUAAUAUCAACUUAUUUUUAGACUAUUUAAAUGUUUACAGAUAAAAAAACAUGAUAUUUAACUUGUGUCCAACUAAAAUGUGUAUUAUUAAAAUUCUCAAUCUGUUUUUUCAAUCGAGUUUUUCAAUCUGUUUUUUCAAUCGAGUGGAUGUUGCCCUAACCACAUGUAAAUAACUAAAGAAGUGUAUUUUAUG